GCGUUGCACAGGACAUCAGAAGUGUCUCUGCCAUUUAGAGUCACUAGCCCUUGUCAGGAAUGUCCGUCCCCUGCGCGCACAGAUCAUGUACUGGAUGCGCCAACUUUAUUUUUAACUCUGCAGGGUGGGUCACUCGCCUGGCUUUCGGGAAUGACCGUGGAGCGCGCGGCGCCUUCAACCCCUUUCCCUAGUCCCCAGUGUAGGACUGUGCCCACCUCGAGCUGUGGAGACCUCUGUGCGCUCUGACCAGGACCCCCACUGAGUCAAUGGGAUUAUAACUGGUUUACUGGCAGGAAGAAGACUAAAGAUAAACACUUUCGGACAGAAGAAAAACCAGAAGCAAGUCGCCUUCAGCAUUCCGGGUUCAUCCUGCCGCUUUUUCCAUCUGCUCAUCUCCCUCUUCACCCAGACCACCUGAGGACGCCGCCAGCCGUCCCCCGCCCGCUCGUCACCCUGGCUGCCGCCAUGACUUCCACCACAGAUUUUGACAAUGUGGAGAUCACGCAGCAGUACAGCCGCAUCAACACCCGCUUUGACCUCUCUGAUGAGGAACUAGACAAUGACAACAGCUCUGCCAGGCUGUUUGAGCGCUCGCGCAUCAAGGCCCUCGCAGACGAGCGAGAGGCGGUUCAGAAGAAGACCUUCACUAAAUGGGUCAACUCAAUUCUGUCCCGGGAUGACUGUCGCAUCUCUGACCUCUACCUGGACCUGCGGGAUGGACGCAUGCUCAUUAAACUGCUGGAGGUGCUGUCUGGUGAACGACUGCCAAAACCAACAAAAGGCAGGAUGCGUAUCCACUGUUUGGAAAAUGUGGACAAGGCUCUCCAGUUCCUCAAAGAGCAAAGGGUCCACCUGGAGAACAUGGGUUCCCAUGACAUUGUUGACGGCAACCAUCGCCUCAUCCUCGGACUCAUUUGGACCAUCAUUUUGCGUUUCCAGAUCCAGGACAUCAUUGUGGAAACGGGCCAGGCGGACCAGAAGGAGACGCGCUCAGCCAAGGACGCUCUUCUUCUUUGGUGUCAGAUGAAAACUGCAGGAUAUCCCAGCAUCAACAUCACAAACUUCACCACCAGCUGGAAAGAUGGCAUGGCCUUCAAUGCUCUCAUACACAAACAUCGCCCUGAUCUGGUUGACUAUAACAGUUUAAAGAGAUCCAAUCCGAUCCACAAUCUCCAGAACGCCUUCAACGUUGCAGAGCAGAAGCUUGGUGUGACCAAAUUGUUAGACCCAGAAGAUGUUUUCACAGAGAACCCAGAUGAAAAGUCCAUCAUCACUUACGUUGUGGCAUUUUACCACUACUUCUCCAAGAUGAAACAACUCGCUGUUGAGGGCAAGAGAAUAGGAAAGGUUCUGGAUCAAGCCAUCGAGACGGAGAAGAUGAUCGAAAAGUACGAGACGCUGUCGUCAGAACUGUUGAUGUGGAUCGAACAGACCAUUGUCGUGCUGAACAACCGGAAACUUGCAAACUCUCUCAGCGGCGUUCAGCAGCAGCUUCAGGCCUUCAACACCUACCGCACUGUAGAGAAGCCACCCAAGUUCCAGGAGAAAGGUAACCUCGAAGUGCUGCUGUUCACCAUCCAGAGUCGCAUGAGAGCCAACAACCAGAGAGUUUACACACCUAAAGAGGGAGCCCUGGUUGCAGAUAUCAAUAGGGCUUGGGAGCGUCUGGAAAGGGCGGAGAAUGAGCGGGAGCGUGUCUUGAGAGACGAGCUGAUCAGACAGGAGAAGCUGGAACAGAUGGCGAGAAGAUUUGACAGGAAGGCUGCCAUGAGGGAGACCUGGCUCGUGGAGAACCAAAGACUAGUGGCCCAGGAUAACUUCGGCUAUGACCUGCCAGCGGUGGAAGCAGCUAAAAAGAAGCAUGAUGCUAUUGAGACGGACAUUGCUGCAUACGAGGAGCGUGUUCAGGCCUUGGUGGACAUCUCAAAGGAGUUGGAUUCGGAGCGUUACCAUGAUGCCAAACGGAUUGAUGUGAGAAAAGACAACGUCCUGCGUCUUUGGGACUAUUUGCAGGACCUACUGAAGGCUCGAAGGGGGCGUUUGGAUAAGAAUCUGACCUUGCAGAGGAUCUUCCAGGAGAUGCUCUACAUUAUCAGCUGGAUGGAUGAGAUGAAGGACCGACUGCUUUCUCCUGACUUUGGGAAACACUUGUUGGAAGUGGAAGACCUGUUACAGAAACAUGCUUUGUUGGAGAAUGACAUUGCUCUGCAGGCAGAGAGGGUACAGAAUGCCAGUGCUGCUGCUCUGAAAUUUGCCAAUGGAGAUAGCUAUAAGCCAUGUGAUCCCCAGGUGAUCAGGGACAGGGUGCAGCACCUGGACUUGUGCUACCAGGAACUUUGUGCUCUAGCUGCCCAGCGAAGAGCUCGCCUCGAGCAGUCUUGCCGCUUCUGGAACUUCCUGUGGGAGGUAACAGAGCUGGAGAGCUGGAUCAGGGAGAAGGAGCAAAUUUUCUCCUCCCUGGAUUAUGGCAAAGACCUGACGAGCGUGCUGAUUCUCCAAAGCAAACACAGCGCUUUUGAAGAUGAGCUCGGAGCCCGCCGUGCCCAUCUUGAGCAGGUCCUAGCUGAGGGAGAUAAAAUGAUUGAGGCCAAACACUUUGGCUCCCCGAAGAUUCAAGAAUGCAAAGAUGACUUAAAGCGGCAGUGGCAGCAGCUGGAAGAGCUGGCUGCAUUUAGGAAACAGAACCUUCAGGACACGCAGACAUUCUUCCAAUUUCAGGGAGAUGCUGAUGAACUCAAGGCCUGGCUGCUGGACGCUAAGAGGCAGAUGAGCAGCAACGACGUCGGCCACGACGAGUACACCACUCAGCGGCUGCUGAAAAAGCACAGCAACUUGAAAAACGAAGCCAUCAAGAAUGGAGCCACUAUUGAUGCUCUGUCCAAACAGGCCAACGCACUACCAGAGGAGCUGCAAAACACCCCAGAUAUCCAGAGACGACUGAAAGACAUCAAGGACCUUUACAUGGAGCUCAUGUCCCUGGCUGACCUGAGACAGAAGAAGCUCGAUGACACUAUGGCUCUGUACACCAUCUUCAGUGAGACAGAUGCCUGUGAACUCUGGAUGGGCCAGAAAGAGACGUGGUUGGUGGAUUUAGAGGUGCCUGAGAAGCUGGAGGAUUUGGAAGUAGUACAGAACAGAUUAAGUAUUUUAGCUCAAGAAAUGGGAAAUUUCCAGUCACGAGUCGAUGAUGUCAACAGAGCAGCAAAACAGCUCGAGGACAGCAGACACCCUCGCACCAAAGAAGUCAAGGAAUGUCAAACGCGACUGAAUAAGAGAUGGGAGGCUUUCAAGGCGAUGGUAGAGGAGAAGAAAAAGAAAGUAGAUUCUGCUCUUAGUCUGCACAACUACGGCCUGGAGUGUGACGAGACAGAGGCCUGGAUCAGAGACAAGACACGGGUGAUUGAGUCCACGCAGGACUUGGGCAAUGACCUGGCAGCUGUUAUGACCAUCCAGCGGAAACUUUUCGGUAUAGAGAGAGAUUUAGCCGCCAUCGACGACAAGCUCAAUUUCUUGCGGAAAGAAGCGGACCAGUUGGCCCAGGAACACCCGGAGAAUGCAGCAGACAUUUUGGCCCGCAGAGGAGAGCUGGACGCUGCCUGGGACAUGCUCAAAAAGACCCUGAAAGACAGAGAGGACUCUUUGGGUGAGGUCAGCAAGUUGCAGACCUUCCUUCAAGACAUGGAUGACUUCCAGUCCUGGCUUUUCAAGACCCAGAAAGCUGUGGCGUCAGAGGAGAUGCCCGCCAUUCUGCCAGAGGCUGAGGAGCAGCUGAGCCUUCACGAUGCUGUGCGCGAAGACAUAAACAACCACGAAGAGGACUUUCACCGUGUGAGGGACACUGGCGCUCAGGUUACCCAGGGUCAGGAGGAAGAUCCUCAGUACCAACAGCUUGACCAGAGGCUAAAGGGCAUGGACCGGGGUUGGUAUGAACUCCAGAAAAUGUGGGACAGCCGCAAGAACUUUUUGGACCAGGCUCUGGGCUUCCAGCAGUUUUUGAGAGAUGGCAAGGCAGUAGAGGCAAUCCUCAACAACCAGGAGUACACUCUAGCCCACAUAGACAAACCUGACACAUUGGCCGGGGCAGAGAAGGCUUUGAAGAAGCAUGAAGACUUUGUGAGCACCAUGGAGGCCAACGAGGACAAGAUUGACGGAGCGCUGCAGGCCGGACAGCGACUGGUGGACAGCAAAAACCUGUACUCUGGGAAAGUUCAGGAGAAAAUGGGCUCGAUCCAGGAAAGGCAUGACAAGAAUAAACGAAGAGCUGAGGAGGUGUCUGAGAAGCUCAGAGAUAACCGUGACCUGCAGCACUUCCUGCAAAACACACAAGAUCUGACAGUAUGGAUCAAUGAGAAGAUGCUGACAGCGCAAGACACAUCAUACGAUGAGGCCAGGAACCUGCACACCAAGUGGCAGAAACAUCAAGCCUUCAUGGCCGAGCUGGCCUCCAACAAGGACUGGCUCAACAAAGUAGAUCAGGAGGGUCAGGAGCUGAUGGAGUUCAAACCAGAGUUUGAGCCAAUUGUGACAGAGGAGCUGGCCAAACUUCAUGAGCUGUGGGACAAAUUGGAGUCCACCACCCAGGAGAAGGCACGGCUGCUAUUCGAUGCCAACCGCUCUGAGCUUUUCGACCAGAGCCUGGCUGACAUGAAGAAGUGGCUGGGUGAGCUACAACAGCAGUUACAGAGUGGAGAGGAGGAUGUUAAAGACCUGACUAAAGCCAACAUCCUGCUCAAAAACCAUCAGAUGAUGGAGAACCAGGUCCGUGACCGAGCUCGGGAGCUGGAGGAACUCCAGGAGGCCGUCAGGAAGCACGGCGGAGGCAGGGAGGACCAGCCGGAACUGGAGGUUGAGCAGCAGGCCCUGCAGAGAGACUUCCAGCAGCUCCUCACCCCACUGGCCCAGCGCAAGGGCAAGCUUGAAGCCGCCAAAGCUGUCCAUCAGUUCUACAGAGACUUGGCUGAUGAGCUCCUCUGGAUUGAGGAGAGGAUGCCCCUGGCAAUGUCACAAGAACAUGGCCACAAUCUUCAAACUGUGCAAAUGCUGUUAAAGAAGAACCAGACUUUGCAGAAGGAGAUCGAAGGCCACCAGCCCCGUGUAGAUGAAGUACGAGAGCGAGGAAGUAGAAUGGCCUUCGCCGCCGGUGCAGAGGGCAAACCUGAGGCAGAACGAAUCACGGACCAGCUGAAGGAGCUAGAGGAGGCAUGGGCCCGGCUGCAGGAUGAGAUGGUGAAGCGCCGUGAGCGGCUGAAUGGCUCCAACUUGGCCCAGCAGUACUACAAUGACGCUGAUGAGGCCGAAGCCUGGAUAGGGGAGCAGGAGCUCUACAUGAUCGCUGAUGAGAAAGCCAAGGAUGAACAAAGCGCCAUGCUGAUGCUGAAACGCCAAAUGAUCCUUAAGCAGGCGGUUGAUGAUUAUGCUGACUCCAUUCAGAAGCUGGCUGACCGUGCCCAAAAGAUGUUUGGAGAGGAGCACCCUGAUGGUGAAGAGAUCAUCAGGCGACAGAGCCAGGUAGAUAAGCAGUAUGCAGGCCUGAAGGAGUUGGCAGAGGACCGCAGGAAGAAACUGGACCUCACAUUCAACCACUUCCUACUGAGCCGAGAGGUGGAGGACCUGGAGCAGUGGAUCUCAGAGAGGGACGUGGUGGCAUCCUCCCAGGAGAUGGGCCAGGACCUGGAUCAUGUCACGCUUCUGAGGGAUAAAUUCAGAGACUUUGCGCGGGAGACGGGAAUGCUGGGUCAGGAGCGAGUGGACAUGGUCAACCAGACGAUAGACGAGCUGAUCGAAGGCGGGCACAGUGAGGCGGCCACCUUGGCGGAGUGGAAGGACGGCAUCAAUGAGAGCUGGGCUGAUCUGCUGGAGCUCAUCGACACUCGCGCCCAGCUCCUGACAGCAUCUUAUGAACUGCUCAAGUAUUUUGAUGAUGGAAAGGAGUUGGUGGCUCAGAUCCACGACAAGCAGAAAGAGCUGCCUGAAGAUGUGGGUGAGGACUUCAGCAAAGCAGAGUCUUUCCACAGAAUGCACGCCGCGUUUGAGAGAGACAUCACCACUCUAGGCAAACAGGUUCAGCAGUUCCAGGAAACAGCUUCACGGCUUCAUGCCCAGUACGCAGGGGAGAAGGCAGAUGAUAUUCAGACUACAGAGAGGGAGGUGGUGGAAGCCUGGAAGGGCCUGCUGGAUGCCAGUGACGGACGCAGGGCGGAGCUGGUGGACACAGCAGAGAAGUUCCGCUUCUUUACCAUGGUGCGAGACCUGAUGGCCUGGAUGGAGAGCAUCAUCCAGCAGAUAGAGACUCAGGAGAAGCCCAGGGACGUCUCAUCCGUUGAGCUCCUGCAGAAGUACCACCAGGGGAUCCGCUCGGAGGUUGAAGCCAGGGGAGCCAAAUUCACUGACUGCGUAGACCUCGGCAAAGCCCUGCUGACACGCAAGCACCGAGACUCUGCUGAGAUCAAAGAGAAACUGAUGCAGCUGAUGGAAAAAAGAAAGCAGAUGAUGUUCAAGUGGGAUGACAGAUGGGACUGGCUCCGGCUCUUGCUGGAGGUCUGUCAGUUUGCACGAGACGCUUCUGUGGCGGAGGCGUGGCUGAUCGCUCAAGAGCCCUACGUGACCAGUAAGGACCUGGGUCAAAACGUGGACGAGGUUGAGAAGCUCCUCAAGAGGCACGAGGCCUUCGAGAAAUCCACCGCCACCUGGGAGGAACGCUUUUCCGCACUGGAACGCCUCACUACGUUGGAGUUGUUGGAGCUGCGAAAUCAGCAGCAGGAGGUGGAGCAGUUCAUUAAAGAUGGGCAACGCUCAGAUAAAGAAAGCAGGAGAGAAGACACAGGCUUUGUGGAAGAAUCUUCACAGCUCUAUACUGCUGAGGAACAGACUCUGUCUGGUGCAGCGGAGCCUAGUUCGGGUCUGCAGGAGGGGACGGCCGGUGACUCGACGGUGCCCAUAGAGUCAGAAAUGAGAGAGAGUGCCUCCCUGGAGCUGGAGCCCUCUGUCUCGGUGGUGACCCCAAAGGAACCAGAGAAAGCAGCCACCAUGCCCUCGGACCCCCUCAGAGGCCAGCCUGUGCUACAGGAGGGCAUGUUGAGCCGCAAACAUGAUGUAGAGGGCUCAGGAAAAAAGGCUUCAAAUAGGUCAUGGAACAACUUGUACUGUGUGCUAAAGCCCGGUCAGCUCUCAGUCUAUAAGGAUGCCAAAAGCUUUGGCCACGGAACGACGUAUCAUGGCGAGGAUCCCCUGCCCCUCACCAACGCCAACUGGGAGAUCCUCACCAACUACAAGAAAAAGAAGCAUGUCGCCAAACUACGGCUUGGAGAUGGCAGCGAAUUUUUGUUCCAGUGUAAAGACGAGGAAGAGCUCCAGCGUUGGAGCCAGGCCAUGGAAAAGGCCGUUCAGCCCCUGGCAGCAGAGGAGGCGUCGGGGCCCUCGGCCAAAGCCCAGAGCCUGCCCCCUCCCUCCUCCUCAGCUGCACCCCCUGAGCCCAGCUCUGCCAAGAAAGACAAGGAGAAGAAGUUUAGCCGCUUUGCCAAGAAGAAGUGAAAGAGAGGGGAAGGCCAUCAGGAGGAGGGGGUUGUCUAGGCAACCUGGGAAGAGAAAGUAUUAUGUGUACAAUCAGAGUAUGCUUUUUGUCACUAGAUUUUCUAUAUUAUUUUGUGAGAAUUACCAUAAAUA